CGUUCACUCUGCUGCCUGCCCUACCACACAGGACAAGAUAGGGCAGCUGGCUGAUGCCAUCGCAACUUCGCCAGAAUGGAGAUCCUUGAUAACGAGUUAAGUGCUAAUCAGCCUGGCCGUGAUCUGUAUGGUGUUUUAACCGUACAGGUUGUCCUGCAAGUGGUGGUGGCAACAAUCUGCCCAGUGGGCUUCCCUCCUGGUCCUAAGCCAUUACCACUGCUGGGGAACAUCACUGCCUUUAGUUGCAAGAAACCGCAGAUUUCCAUGCAAGAAUUGGCCAAAAAAAUAAGUGUGUACUAUAAUGUUGGGGAGUACGCCUGUUGUAUUGGUGAGCGGCUACCAGGCAGUCAAAGAAGUGCUGGUGAAUAGAAGUCAUCAGUUUUCUGACCUACCAAUAACUCCUCUUUUUACUAAAGUCACUCACAAAGUUGGUAUUUCAUUAGCACCCUACGGAGACUCAUGGAAGCAGCAGCGCAGAUUUGCUUUGUCAACAUUGUGUCAUUUUGGCUUCGGGAAGGCAACAAUAGCUGACAAAAUCUUGACGGAAGCAAGGUACCAAAUAGAGACUUUCAGACCGGAAACCUCAGCACUCACCCUAAUAGUGUCAGAGCUUUUCACUGAUGGAAUUGGGACCACGUCCACCACUUCAUGCUGGGGGCUCCUUUUCAUGGUGAUGCACCCUGACAUUCAAACCCGAUGUUAUGAGAUUGAGAGAGUUGUGGGAUCGGAGCAACUGCCACGUAUGGGGGACAGACGCAGCUUGCCUUAUGUGGACGCCAUGAUCCAUGAGAUACAACGCUUUGGUAACAUUUGCCCACUUGGGAUUAUACGCACUACAAGAUGUGCAGUUCCGACUACUUUUUCUCCAUGUAAUAGUAAACCUAACGUCUGCUCUGUAUGAUGAAAACCACUGGGAAAAUUCACUAAUAAUUCCACCUUUGAAAUGUAAUGAACGUCUCACCUUCACUUAAAACAUCAAUUCGAUUCGGCGUUGGUAGCAGUCAUUAGGCGAUCGUGAGUACAAGUUUUGGUCGUUACUGUGGAGGUCUUACUAUAAGGUCGGUCGGAAAAGCGGGAGGUCACAAGCUGAGCCGUCGUUGAGUCGGGCUCACCUGUAAUGACGUUACCCCGAGCAACUGCGACCAUGCCCACGGCAUUGCGAUUUCACUCGGGACACCCGUAUGUCGUCAUUGUAAUUUCAUUAAAUUUUCUCUUACGGACUGACAAAUGUUAUCGACAUCUAUAGUAUUCAGUCUACAAGUAGUUGUUUUGCUGAUAGGAUCAAUAGGCUUGUCAGCAAAGUAGUGCACCAUUACGUCUUUGUGUCUUUUUAUGCUCACCAACACCGUGGAUAUAUAUUCUUUAUUAAUGCUAGAUGCAAUCCACCCACUUGUAUUCAGCACGUCAAAUUGUAUUAAUUUCUGGGGUGAAAACUAUUGAUUUUCAACUUUAGA